AACCGAGUCAUACUUGCGAAUGCGCGACAUUUUCACGCAUGCGUAGUACGCACGUCAUCUCCAACAUUACGAGUGGUGGUGAUGAUGAGGGACGGAGACGGUUCGGUUCGGUUUUACUGCACCGCGGGAGCCGGUAUGGAGGCGUUUUUGCUGGAUGAAGUGAAGCACAAGCUGAAUGCUACAGAGGUGGAAUCCAUCCCCGGAAGGGUGUUUUUCCGUUGCCACUCAAAUGUACAUGACUUGAUGCGACUCAAAUCGGCGGAGAGGCUCUUCCUGCUUCUGCGUAAAGCUCCACCCACUUCCUUACCCACAAAUCCAGCAAAGGCAGCAAGUGUGAUACAGCAGAGGAUUGUGGGAAGUCCAGACGUGUGGAAUGGUGCUCUAUCCACCUGGUCCUCCUUGCAGGCGGAGCUUAACGGCUCUGGGGGGCGGGGCCAGAAGAGGAAGCGAGAGGAGGAAGAAGAUGGUUUGAAGCGUCCUACUUUCAGAGUCAGCUGCCGCUGCAGUGGAGCCAUCGCUCGCUCUUAUAACUCCCAGAACCUGAAUCGUAUCAUCGGGAUGACCAUCAACCGACAGCUUGGAUGGAAAGCUGACCUUCGAGAUCCACUUGUUGAGGUGAACGUGUAUUUAAGCGAUGAUCACUGUGUACUCGGGAUUCCUCUGUUAAGGCAGCCUCUGGCCAGUCGCACGUAUCUGAAGCACACUGGGCUCAGGUCGACUAUAUCCUGGGCAAUGGCGUCUCUCUGUAAUCUACAGGAGGCCUCGGUAGUUUUAGACCCCAUGUGUGGAGUUGGGACCAUAUUGCUGGAGGCGGUGCAGGAGUGUCCAAAUGGUGUGUUUAUAGGGAUGGACAGUGAGGAAGCUCAGUUACACAAAGCUGUAGAGAAUGUACAAGCUGCUGGUCAGGAGGAGAGAGUCCUGUUAAUCCAGUCCUCCUGCAUGGCGACGCCGCUGCCCGCGGCUUCUGUAGACGCCGUGGUGUGUGACGUCCCGUUCGGCAGGAAGUUCAGCUGCGGUGUCGACGUGACGACUGCUCUUCCACACGUUCUAGCUGAGAUGGAGAGAGUUCUCCGUGAGGGUGGAAACCUGGUCCUCCUGCUCAGUCUGCAACUUUCAGCCCUGAUCAAGAAACUUAUCCGAUCGGACGCGCACCACGCCUCGGAGCCGGACGCAGACGGCCGCCAGACGGGGAAAUCCCGGUUGGGUUUUAAUUCGCUGCUCCUUCAGAGCACACACCGAGUGAGCCUCGGGAGCACCGACGCGCUCAUACACACCUACACGAAGACACACGCGACACGUGACGCACAGCUCUAGCACGUGACGUCCUGGUGGAAGUGAAGUGCACCAUGCAGGGUGCAUACGUACAUACAGGGGCGCCUGCUCUCAGAAAGCAUGGUACUAAAACGUACCUCACCUUGUUUCCUUCUACGUUUCCUACUAGCGCAGGGGUUCUCGGACUGUUUCUAAUCUUUAACUGUAAAAUUCCUUCUACAGACCCCUACAGGAUGGAUUUAUUUCUGGAAUACUUUUGGAGCCAUGGAGCUUUCUAUUCCCGAACACAGUAGGUCUGAGUUGGCUGAGUUGACGCGGGGGCCCCACGCUGAGAACCGCUGCUCUAGUGUACACAUUUUGUACCUUUUUAAUGGGUAUAUUUUACCUGAAAACAAAUCUAUAUUAAAGGCAUAUGAAUGGACCACAUUUAGUUUCAUAAAGAUUUCAGUACAUAAGGUACAUUACAUGUGCUUUCCCCUCUCUCUCUCUCUCUCUCUCUCUCUCUCUCUCUCUGCCUGUCUCUC